GAGUCCCUUUGGUGUGAAGCAAAUGUUUAUGCUCAAUGGGAAGAAAAUUCUUAUAAAAUGCAUGCAUGAUAAUCUGGUUGUUCCAACUGCUAGAGCAAGCUGAAGCGCGACGCAGAAUGCAGGGUGAUCAAAACAACUGGGUGAUCAGUGUAAACGAUGAACUCAAUCGUUUGGCAGAGAAUUCGAUGGACAAAGAGAGGGAGCAAUGGAAGAAGCCAUCCAUCUACAAAGUGCCCAUUGCCGUCACAGAUCUAAACAAGAAAGCGUAUAGGCCUCAGACGGUAUCAUUUGGUCCUUACCAUCAUGGUGAGGGGCCUUUAAAGCCUAUGGAGGAGCACAAGCAACGCGCUCUGCUUCAUUUCCUCAAAAGGUCAAAGAAACCUCUUCAAUUGUAUGUCAACUCUCUAGCCGAAGUGGUGCAACAAUUGAAAGAUUCGUACGAUUGUCUUGACAAAGCAUGGCAAGAAAACACUGAUGAGUUCUUGCAGUUGAUGAUUUUGGAUGGUUGUUUCAUGCUGGAAAUCUUGCGCGCCGCAGCAACUCUAAGAAUGGCUGACAAUGAUCCCAUCUUCAGCUACGUCCAUGGAAAGGUGGCUGAUUAUGCUGACAAUGAUCCCAUCUUCAGCGCACAUGGAGAUCUAUAUAUAAUGCCAUACAUCAAGCGAGACAUGCUCAUGCUUGAAAAUCAAUUGCCCAUGCUGGUUCUCAGUAGGCUGCUUGCGGUUCAAGAUGAGAAAGCUAUGGAACAUGAAGAGUUGGUCAAUGUGCUCAUACUCAAUUUCUGCUCCCUCACGAAAAACAAAUUGGGAAAAUGUUUGCAUGUAUUGGAUGUGUAUAGGAAGAGCCUGCUCUGGGGAGAAACCCCUAAGAAAAGUCGGAAAACACAUAAGUUUGUUAAUGUGAAGAAUUGGUCAAUAUGCUCAUCCUCUUCGAGUGGUGAUGAGGAUCAUGACAUCAUCCGGUCCGCGUCUGAGCUCAACGAAGCCGGAAUCAGAUUCGGGAAAAGUGAAAGUGUAAGCCUCAAAGACAUCUCAUUCCAUGGCGGAAAACUAAGACUACCUAGCAUUGUGGUGGACGACGUGACAGAGACGUUGUUUCUCAACCUGAUAGCGUUUGAGAGGUACCAUGUCGGGAUAGGGAAUGAGGUGACCUCCUAUAUCUUCUUCAUGGACAGCCUCAUCGACACUGUCAGGGACGUUAUCCAUUUAAACUCCAAAGGUAUCAUCCAGAAUGCCAUCGGAAGUGACAAAGCUGUGACAAACCUAUUCAACACUCUCUCUAAAGAUGUCACACCCGACCCGAACGGCAGCCUCAAUGAGGUGCACAAGGAGGUCACUAACUACUGUAGCAAGCGGCUGCACAAGUGGCGCGCCAAUCUUCUUCACACCUACUUCACAAAUCCGUGGGCUAUUCUGUCUGUCAUUGCUGCCAUUUUCCUCUUUGCUCUCACCAUAGUUCAAACCAUAUACUCCGUUCUUGGUUACUAUCACGCAUAAAUAAUUUACCCUCAUCCAUUUUAGUCUGUUCAUUAUAUCUGCAGCUUGAGUGCUUCAAUCCAUCAAAUUUUUUAUUUUUUAUUUGAUUUCAUUUUUUGUUGACAAUGUGGUUGUUUGCUUUUCCAUACCAAUUUCAUUUGAUUGAUUUCAAAACAUUGUAACCUUUUUGUGACUUUGGUAAUUCAAUAAAAAUAUACUUUGUAAUAAUUUAUUUAUUUGGUUGGCAUGCACUAAUUAAUUAUAUAUUAUUUUUUAUUUAUUUUUGAUA